AGAGAAGAAAGGCCUCUUCGACGGGGCUUUUGCUGUGCCACUCCCAACACGGUCCACCCGUGACUCCGACGCCUUUCGCCCGCGUGGGCGAGAUGGAAGCCCUAGGUCGCGGCAAGCGGAGGCUGGAAGUAGAUGGUAAUCCAGAGCUGCCGGAGAGGUUGCGCGUGGAGGAUGAGGAAGAGGAGGAGAGGGAGAUCCAGGAACUGGAGCGCGAAGUGAGCGAGAUGGCCAGAAGAGUCCUCGACGCCCGGAAGACCAAUCUGGAUCGGAUUCUCGGAGGUCUAUCCUCCGAACUAGUCGCCAAGAGGCCGCCCCUUCCUCCUCGAGCCUUAACCGGAUCUGAUGCUGGCGAAACUGAACUUCCACCAUCCUUAGAACCAAAUGGAGGCAGCUUACUUGGUAAUGCUGAUCGGACAAUGGUUGAGAAAUUGCUUCUUUUCCGAGCAAAAAUGGAAGGCAUCAUCUCUGAAACUCCAGUGGUUCUAAAGAGAGCAAAUGAGUGCAUUUUGCAGAUUGAAAAACUGGAGAAGUGUGAUGUAACAGUACCUUCUAUUUUUAAUAGAAGAUGAACACAGUGACAAUUCAUAUCUGUUCUUGGUGUGGUUGUGUUGGCAUUAUCUAUUGAAGUAUUGUUGUUCAGAAUCA